AUGCUGCUGCUGCUGCUCUUGGUGCUGCCAGGCCCCACUGGCUGCCCCCGCAUGGAGCCCCUGAGCGGGUCCAGCCCGGAGCCGCUGUUCCGUGGGGCCGAUCGCUACGACUUCGCCGUCGUCAUCCCCGGCGGCACCGUGGAGUGCUUCUGGCAGUUCUCACACCAGGGCGGCAACUUCUUCUUCAGCUACGAGGUCCAGCGGGCAACGGGGAUUGGCAACAGCAGGAACAUCUUGGUCACGGCGAGUGACCCCAAUGGCUUCCAGCUUGGAGCCUCCCAGGACGUCCGAGGGCAGAUCAACUUCCUCACCAAGGACACAGGUUUCUACGAGCUGUGCCUGGACAACCAGCAAAACCACUUUGGCUUCAUGCAGGUGUAUCUCAACUUCGGUGUCUACUACGACGACUUCAACAUGGAACACAAGCAGCCUGUGGAGAAGAAGGAGCUGAAUGACACGCUAGAGGCAAUCAAGAUCAGCAUCCAGAGGCUGCAGAUCCACACCUUCCACAUGUGGCGUUUCUACAACUUUGCCCGGAUGCGGAAAGGGGCUGACUCCUUCCUUCUGGAGUCCAACUACAACUACGUCAACUGGUGGUCGAUGGCCCAGAGCUGUGUCAUCAUCCUCUCCGGGGUGCUGCAGCUCUACUUCCUCAAGCGCCUCUUCCAUGCACAAACCUCUGGCAGCCAGAAGUGCUAGAACAGGGCAGGGCUGUGGCUGCCAGUGCCUGGUGACCCUGCUGUGGAGUGGGAGGAAAGGCCAGAUCCUGCUUCCAGGAAGAGCUCCACUCCUGCCUCCAGCUCUACCCCCGAAAUCAUCCCCAGAGAAGCCAAGCACCACACUGUCACCUGAACUUUGUGUGGCAGAAGUGUUUGUCACAUCCCUGCCCAUCAUUAGUGUCCCACUGGGCCUUUUCUA